AUUGUAAGAAAGGUAAGAGUGUCCCAAAGAACGUCUUUCAAGAAAUAUAAUCAUUGGGGGUGAUACCAGAUCCACAAUGGAGGUUCCCCCAGCAGCCAAACUUGGGGAGACCUUUGUGUUUGAAGAUGGGUUAGAGAUGCACCGAGAGCUCUUCCCAGAGGAGGACCUGGGGGACUCCUUCCUUCAGGAAAGAGGCUUAGAGCAAAUGGCUGUCAUCUAUAAGGAGAUCCCUCUCGGGGAUCCAGAUGAGGAGCAUGAUGAUUACGAGGGGAAUUUCAGUCUGUGCGCGAGCCCUGUUCAGCAUCAGAGUCUUUCCCAAGUAAACAAACCUCAGGAUGAUGAGCUAUUUGGCCCAGCCUUCCUCCAGAAAUCAGACCUUAGUAUGUGUCAGUUACUCCAUGGCGAAGAAGAACCUAGUAAACAUGACUGUGACCUAGUAGGGAGGGGGGACUCGGGACCGAAUGACCCUCACAUAACGGCACAGCCACCAAAACCCUAUGCGUGUCGGGAAUGCGGGAAGGCCUUCAGCCAGAGCUCGCACCUGCUCAGACACCUGGUGAUCCACACCGGGGAGAAGCCCUACGAGUGCUGCGAGUGCGGGAAGGCCUUCAGCCAGAGCUCACACCUGCUCCGACACCAGAUCAUCCACACCGGGGAGAAGCCCUAUGAAUGCCCGGAGUGUGGGAAAGCUUUUCGCCAGAGCUCGGCCCUCACACAACAUCAGAAAACCCACACUGGGAAGAGACCCUAUGAAUGCAGGGAAUGUGGGAAGGAUUUCAGCAGGAGCUCAAGUCUCAGAAAACACGAGAGAAUCCAUACCGGAGAGAAACCUUAUCAGUGUAAGGAAUGUGGCAAAUCCUUCAACCAGAGUUCGGGCCUGAGCCAGCACCGCAAAAUCCACACCCUGAAGAAACCUCACGAGUGUGAUCUCUGCGGGAAAGCCUUUUGUCACCGGUCCCACCUCAUUCGGCACCAGAGGAUUCACACGGGGAAGAAACCGUACAAAUGUGAAGAGUGCGGGAAGGCCUUCAGCCAGAGCUCCAACCUCAUUGAGCAUCGGAAGACCCACACCGGGGAGAAACCCUACAAGUGCCAUAAGUGUGGGAAGGCCUUCAGCCAGAGCUCCUCCCUCAUCGAGCACCAGCGGAUCCACACCGGGGAGAAGCCUUACGAGUGCGGCCAGUGCGGGAAGGCCUUCUGCCACAGCUCUGCGCUGAUUCAGCACCAGAGAAUCCACACCGGGAAGAAACCCUACGCGUGCAACGAGUGUGGCAAAGCCUUCCGGCACAGGUCGGCCCUCAUCGAACAUUAUAAAACCCACACCAGAGAGAAACCCUACGAGUGUAACAAAUGUGGCAAGUCCUUCAGGGGGAGCUCACACCUCAUUCGGCAUCAGAAAAUCCAUGCUGGGGAGAAGCUCUAGGAGGAGGAGCAGCUCACACCAAAGCUUGAAAACCUUUCCCAGAAGGAGCCUGCACUCAGUCACUUCGCCCACAAGGCCCCACCCACUUUCCAGAUAACAGUGCUGAACCUGGGCGCUCCUGAACACCCACAACAGCGGCAAGGCCCCCUUGUGGCCAGGAGCCCUGGGGUUGGUGGGCUUACUGAGUGAGACGGGGGGUGGAGGGUAGGAGGCUGCCAGAGUGGCUGUGUGCCUGAGAAGGGCCUUCAGUUUUCUGGUUCUCACAUUUGGCUUCCAAGCCUUGAGAGUUUAGUGUUUACCUCUGUUCCAGAAUCCAGAGGGGGAAUAAAUGUAAGGAGGGAGAAAGCUGAGUUAAACCCGUGAAAAUGUCAGGUGAGAACUCUUCAACAUCAGGCUACAGUCUGGCACUUUUAGAAGAAGUAACAAUUCUCACAGUCCAAAU